AAUGCUUAGAAGGAUUGACUUUUACGAAGAGCCGCGAUUCUUCUUGAUAGAUAUAAAACCAAAAAAAACUCUUCGAGAUGCUUUGUUCGAAGUAUCAAAGAAACCGGGAAUUGCUAGUAUUGACUUUUCAAAAGUUGAAGUUCGUAUUGAAAACUCUAACAGUCCUCUAAGUCUAGAUAGUCCGGUUCGCCAUCUAGCAAAUCUUACUGUUAUUGCAACUGUCAAUCUAGAGGAUAAUUGUCAAAUUCAAGAUAUUCUUGAAUCGUAUAGAGCACAUUUGCCGCCUUUACCAUCUCACUUGUACGUUAGUGCUACGGAAUGCGAAUUAAAUAGUUUGGAACUACCCGAAUCUUGGACAGUUUAUAUUGAUCAUAAGAAAUUAAGCGAUAAUGAGAAAAAGAAGCAAAAUAUAAUAUGGGAAACUAUACAUUUUGAGUCGUCUUAUCUAAAGAAAUUAAAGAUGCUUGUUGAUGUCUACGUUUCACCUUUUUAUGAUCUAAUUCAAAGAGGUUUCUUUACCGAUUUGGAUAUGAAAUUAAUUGUAUCGAACCUCAAAGAAAUGUACUUUCAAUGUUGUAGUAGGUGGAACAACGUAAUAUUGCCUUUUAUCGAGAGUAUUAAAGAGGGAAAUUUAAUGCAGGUAGACAAUUUUAAAAACUUGUAUAAUAUUAAAAAGAUGAGUGCUUUGGGAGAUGAAAUAAGUGAUUUAUUUCAAGAGGAACAUGUUUAUCAUAUGACUGUUGAUAAGUUAAAAGAUUAUAUUAAAAAUGCCAUAAGGAAUAAUUCGGAUUUUAGCAAGUUCUAUACUUGGGUUAACGAAAUUCUUUGGGGUCUUGGGAAGCACGAACUAUCUUCCUACCUAACUGCUCCUAUGCAUCACUUAACGAGGCAUACCCUCUUUUUAGAACGUCUUCUCAAGUCUACUAAAGAAAGCGAGAGUCUCAAAGCAUGUCUAGAAAGAAUUAAAAACUUUUUAAAGGGAGUUGAAGAGGAACUUCGAAUGAGAGAGAGAUUAGAGAUUCUUAGCGAGUUCGAAAACAGAAUAGACGGCUACGACUUUAUUGAUCAAAUACCAAAUUUAAGUGAAAAUUUAAAGAAAAGCCUUAAGAUUUCUUUUACGUCCUCUAUGGCCGGUUGCCCUGAAGAUUGGCUAAGAAGAUUCAUACGCGAAGGUGUCGUGCGUAUGAAAGAGUCCAGCAGGCAUCACGACGUGAUCCUUUGCCUUUUUACUGACUUUAUAAUCAUAUGUAGAAAAGGAAGAAAGUUUGAGGAUAGAGUCAAUUUGAAAAUAUACAAACCUCCUAUGAGAUUAGACGCUAUACACAUUCAACAGAACGAAAAUAACGAAUUUGUGAUAGCUUAUAAAAAUGAGAUGAACAUUAUAACAGCUAUAUACGUUUUCCAAACCCAAGAUCCUUGGUUCGAAGAGAUACAAAGGACCAAACAAACGUACAGAGAAAUGUGGGAUGGUAAAAAGGAUAAAAACGACGAAUUAACUUAUUGUAUGAGAGAUUACUCGAGUAACGAUCUCUUCCCACAUAUGGACUGUAGAUCAAAGACGGAUGGUGUAAAUUCGCCAAUACUAGGUAAAAGUCAUAGGGAUAUAAACGAUAACGUAAGAAGAAGACCUGCUAUAUUAAAGAAAAGUCAUACUUGGGGUGGUAAGGAUGAUCAUAGGCCGCCAUCAAGAAUUCCAGAUUGGGAAAAAGUCCAACAAUUGGUACAAGAUGGUCAUCUAGAAGUAUCGUAA